AUACAGCCAGCUAUCAAAUUUAACUGUCAAGCAAGCGCAAGUCACUUUAGGACUUUCUUCAGGAUGUAGGAAAUGUUUUCUACAGAAAACUUGAUCAAUAACUUAGCAUCGGUUAGCUUCUAGAUAUGUCGGGUCUUCCAUGUUCAUACAAGUCUACAUUUUUGAAGACCUCUCUCAAAUUAUCGCGCAUGCAUGACUGUGUACCUCGAUGUCUCUUGCUCAGAGGCUUCAAAAAGACGGGCGCUUAUCCGUUUGCUCGAGGACAUUUUGGUGACGUAUGGAGAGGUAAGAUCACAGGAAUGGACGUGGCUGUCAAACAAGCAAGGAUUUUUACAAGUGAUAGUGAUAUCGAGAAAGUCCUGCGGAGAAUAAGACGAGAGGCCAUUAUAUGGGGGCAGUGCGAUCACCCCAAUGUCCUACCUUUCUAUGGCAUCUACCGCGAUUCCGCUCCUUCGUCCUACUGUCUGGUGUCGCCAUUCAUGGUACAAUGGACCUCUCCGUCAAUAUCUGAGCAAUGCUUGCUACUCCUAAUCGGCACCGGCUCGUAAGAAUUGUGUCAGUCGCUGUUUCUUUGGUAUCUGACAAACAAGUAGGCUCUAGACAUUACGCAUGGUAUGGGCUACCUACAUAAACUGUCCAUCGUUCAUGGUGACCUAAAAGGGGAUAACAUUCUGGUUACCAACGACCAUAGAGCAAUUAUCGCCGAUUUUGGUA